ACGGUCACACUAUGGAUUAGCUGGCGUACUUAUCGAUAAAUACAUAUGUCGAUGUAAUGUAAACGUAUAUAUUUACCAUAUAAAAAAGAAACCGAUGGAUUCCAAACUAGAUAUGUUUGAGGACGUGAACACGUCGCCGAGUUUGGAGGGUGACAUGUCCAUUCCGGGGAAGAGGACCACAACUGCAACGAAUGCAAGUGGAGUGCCUGAUUACAACACUUUGGACGAGCCGAUCCGGGAGACAGUUCUGCGGGACAUCCGCGCCGUAGGCAUCAAGUUUUACCACGUGCUGUAUCCUAAGGAAAAGUCCAGUCUGCUCCGCGAUUGGGAUCUUUGGGGACCUCUGGUGCUGUGCACAUUCAUGGCCACCAUCCUGCAGGGCUCCUCCUCCGCCGACAGCAUGUCCGACAACGGACCCGAGUUCGCCCAGGUCUUCGUCAUUGUCUGGAUAGGAGCGGCCAUAGUCACACUCAAUUCCAAGCUGCUGGGCGGCAAUAUCUCGUUCUUCCAAUCCGUCUGCGUACUGGGCUACUGCCUCACUCCAGUGGCCAUUGCUCUCAUUGUGUGCCGGGUAAUCCUCCUGUCCCAUCAGACGCGGCUGCUCUUCUUUUUGCGCUUCGUGACCACCACAAUGGGCUUUGCCUGGGCCACCUACGCUUCCUUUAUUUUCCUGGGCCAGAGCCAGCCGCCACAUCGCAAACCCCUGGCCGUCUACCCCAUCUUUCUGUUCUUCUUCAUCAUCUCGUGGCUGGUCUUGUCCCACAAUUAGACCAAUUCGUGACGCUCCGCUUAGUGAUUAGUUCGUAAAGAAAACAGUGCACGUUCCAUAGCGUAACCAAAAACAAAAGUAUCCGAAAUCAAUUGUACAUUUCUUUAAGCUA